AUGCGAGGUCGAUGGUCUACCAACUCCGGCAUGCGUUUACAUGAGCACGACCCCCCCACACCCCAUGUUCGGAAGGUGGAACUCGCAGAACUUCCCCGCGGCUUCAUCGACCAAACGAGCAUCAGAGUCAAGGGCUCCGGGCAUUGUACGAUUCUCCACGUCAGCUACUCCGAGGAGCCCGAGCCGCCUGCAUUGCCGACUCAGGAGGAAGAAGACGCGGCCAAAGCUAGGACAGAGGAUUGCAAGCAAGAUAUCCAGAGGCUGACAGACGAGCUUACCGUCCUGAACCAGCAGUCGUCUCGAAACUCACGCAUGCGAGAGGUGCGUUGA